CCGCACCGCAGCCAAGAGGUACCGGGUGGAGCCUGGGUCUGUCCGUCCCGGGAUGAGGAGCGGACUCGAUGCCCGCCAGGGACCGGUGCCCGGGGCCAGAGGGAGGCGCGUCCCAGCCGCGACCCCCGGAGCAUGUUCCGCAGGCUCCCGGCGCGCACGACAGGAUGGAGCAGCCAGCGGGGGGGCCGGCCUCCCCCCCCACAAGGACUCUGUGCCAAAGGCCCAGGGAGGGGGCACUGUGGGGUGCCCUUGCCAUCCUGUCACUGCUGAGCGGCGUGGCCACGGGAACCCCGCACACCUGGCACCGCAACACGACCCUGGGGGCUGCACCCACUGCAGGCGGCAUGGGCACUGCCGGCCCUGGAGCAGAGGACAGCCUGGAGGCAUCACGCAGUGCAGCCUGGAGCCCCCUCUCCGGGGACAACGUGACAGCAGCGGGGCUCGGGGAGGGAGAGCUAGCCAAGGACCUGCUGCUCCGGGCUGAGCGCUCGCCCCUGGGCCCCGCCAAAGGCAAGAAAUCAGGCCGGCGCAGGGACGGCCCCAACUGCACUGUCCGCAGGCUGAUGGUGAAGGUGCGUGACCUGGGGCUGGGCUUUGACUCGGAUGAGAUUGUGCCCUUCAAGUACUGCAGCGGGUCCUGCCACCGCAGCCGCAGCAACUACGACCUGACGCUGGCCACCCUGCUGCAGGAGAAGGCCAUCAAGCCGGGCCCACCGGGCCACGUGGCCAGCCACCCCUGCUGCCGGCCCACCCGCUAUGAAGCCGUCUCCUUCAUGAAUGUGCAAAACACCUGGCAGACGGUGGAGAAGCUCUCUGCGGCUGAGUGCAAAUGCAUCGGCUGACUGGGCUGCAGGCUCGGUGCCCACUGUAAGCUCAUGGCACUGCCUGCCUGGCGCUGCCCAGACCCGGGGCCACAUGGCACGUGGGGAUAUGCAAAGGCUGCCAGAGGAGCGGCUCAGUGGGGAGACAAGAGUUCGCCCUGCCCCAGGCGCUUGGAGAGGAGUCCUGUCUGCUGAGACUGGGAGGCAGCGGGACCCCCAGCGUGGGGCUGCUGGCAGCAGGGCGAGUCUCGUUGCUUGGACUGAACAUCGCCCCUCCCUCCACAGUCACUGGCCACCUGCACCCAGGAGUUUGCCAAGCAUUGGCAGGGAGCCUGCCAGCUGGGCUCUGCUCACUGCUCUGCCAUGUUCACUCAGCAGCCUCUGAGCUGUCGGCUCCAGUGCCAAACAGCCAUCCUCGUCUGCCUGGCAUGGCCUGCCCAACCCUCCCUGGAGUGCCAGCUGGAGGGCUGGCGUCCGCUCUGGUCCCAGCUCAACAACGGGCUUCCGGGGCCCCCCACUGCCCAGGCUGGUGGCUGGGAACCUGAGCGCAUCUGUUGCAGAGUCUGAUGUGUGAGAACCAGGCAGCCGCUGUGCGCACUCUCCUGGACCAACUGCACCCCCUAGCACUAGGGGCAGAGCUGCCAGGCUAGGCCCUUGGCCGCAUGGGCUCCCUGCUUGGUCCCGAGCCCUGGGGGAUGCGUGACCCUGCAGGACACUGUCCCCUGGCUCCAGCUGGCGCUAGCCCAGCUGCAGAGUGCGUGGAGGCAGCUGGCCCCAGGGCCUGGGCUGGGGCAGUGUGAAAGGCUGUGCUGACCUCUGAGCCCCAUAAAGGGACAGACUCCUCAUUGUGCUUUGGGGUGCAUCCUUCCUAGCUGCUUGUGGCCUGGUCCCUUUCCCUGGGGUUUAAACCCAGGACCCUGCCUCCCACUCCCAGGGGGGAGUUUUUAGCCCCCUGUAUUUCUAGGGGAAGAGCUGCCAGUGCUGUGGCAGCGAAGGGGCGCGGGGGCCUCCCAGGUGCUCCCCACCUCCUCUCGCCUGCUGGGGGAAGCUGGAGCUGAGCGUCCAGCCCAGCAAAGGAGGUGCGGGGCGCUAGAAACCAGGCAGGCCUGGCGUCCCAUUCUGUCCCUCUGGAAAACAUCCCUGGCCCCUUGGGAGAGGGCAGCUGGGGGUAGGGGGCAGGGAGCUGUCCUUGGGGGCCCAUUGGGGAGCAGAGUGGCUGCAGCAGAGGAAAGUGCUGGGGGCCUGAGGGCUGCUGGCAGAGGAGCAGGUGCCAACCCGGGGCUGCAGGUGGCAGGGACCCAGGCUAGGGCAGAGACCACAGCCAGGUACGGGCACCCCCUGCUGUGGGGCUGGGCAGCCUGUGUCUGCUCCCAUGGGGAGCAGUGUCGGCUGCCCAGUGCUGGUGCCCAUGCAGGGGAGCUGGGCCGGCAGGGCACCCCCCGGCCAUGCUGGUCACUGACUAUUUAUUACUCUAAGUUAUUUAUUUAUUGGUCUCGAGUGGCGGCUCCUAUUUAUGACAUUGGGCCGGACGUGGGGCGGGGCUGGAUGGGAGGCUGUUGCUGUAAAGCUGCUGGCUAUGAAGGCCUGGGCCUGUGGCCGGCAGCCAUGCCCCCCACCCCCUUUUAUAUUAUUCUGACCGGUAUUUGCAUUUGUAAAGUUGGAUAAACUCUAUUUUUGUACAGUUGUAUUUUUUUGU